AUGAGGAGACUCUUACCACGUCAUCCCAAUCCGUUGCACGUGCUUCCCGCGCCGCGUUGCUCUCCGCCGCUUGCUCACUCUGCUAAACCCAAACCUCCCACGACUUCUGUGCAUUCUGUUCCCCUAAGAGCUUCCCCCGAUUGUUCCCCCCAAGCCCGCUUGCUCAUCCCCUCCUACCUUCCGCGCGCUCUGCUUCCAUGCCCCCCUUUUUCCCCCGCCGCAUUUUGCCCUAACGCUUCUAGCUCCUCUCGCGGCGCGCUUCGUUGUCACUGCACGCGUCUCGCGGUUCCUUCUUCCCCUACUGAAACUCGUACUAUCCGCCCGCUCUUUCCGCUUAUCCUCUCUCCUCCGCCGAAUCGUGCGUGGAGGCCCAUCACCCCGUGGACUGCCACCGUCGCCGUCUCCCGCAAAGGCGGCUCGACUUCCGCCGUCCCGCGCGCCUUUUCCAGCGUUUGCCCCGACCCCUCGCGCGGGCUAGCGUGCGGCGCGGGGAAGAGAGCAGCGGAAGUGGUAGGUGACUCGGUACUAGAAUCUGAUUCCGCGUUAGAGUCUGAUCUGGGCCCCACGCUGCCAGACACGCUCGUUGGGUCGGCGAGCGCGCCGGAAAUCGCGCCGGAAGUAGCGGCGGAAAUUGCGGCGGAAAGCGCGGCGGGAUCGGGGGUGCUGGUGGAGAUGGACGUGGUUCGCGCGAACUUCGAGGAGGGUCUGGCGGCGUUCGAGGAGGCUUUAAAGACGUGUGACCUGGUGGCGUUUGAUGGCGAGUUCACGGGGUUACACGUCAGCAACACCAGCAACUACGGAUUGCAGCUGCUGGACUCGCCGCAGCAGCGGUACGAGCGCGUGAAGGAGGGCGCUGGCAGCUUCUUCACCAUGCAGCUGGGGUUCAGCGCACUGGCAUGGGACGAGGGCAGGGGGGCAUACAGUGCGCGCACCUUCAACUUCAACAUCUUCCCGCGCCCCUUCCCCGGCUUCGACCUGCGCUUCCUCUGCCAGGCGUCAUCAAUGGACUUCUUAGCGCGCAACAACUUUGACUUCAACAAGUUCGUCUACCAAGGCGUGCCGUACCUGCCACUGGAGAAAGCCGAGAGGGAGAGGCGGCGCCUGCGAGCAUCAUUCCGGAGCAGCAAGGGCGGGGCAGAGAACGGGGCAGGCGCGGAUGCGAGCAGCAGGCAGCCACAGCGGGCGCCCAUAGUGCUGUCUCGGCCCGAGGACAGGCUGGCAGUGGGGCAGCUAGUGGAUGACGUGCGCACCUGGGUGCUCUCCACCUCGCCCCCUCCCACUCGCCUCGCCCCUCUCUCCGCACCUGCUGCUGCUGCUGCCGCUGGUGGUGCUGUUGCUAAUGGCAAGGCUGGUGCUGCCAGUGGGGACGCAGCAGCAGGCGAGGCGGGAGGAGCAGCAGAAGGGAAGGGGGAGGGCGAGGGGGGCGAGGCGGUGCAGCUGCAGGUGGUGGCGGGGAACUCGUUCCUGCGUGCUGCACUGGUGCAGCAGCUGGAGGAGGAGUUCGGGCAGAGCUCCUUUUAUGUCGUGCGCAGGGAGGUGAGCCCGUGUGGUGCUGAGGUGCGCCCACAGCGCGGCCCUGAAACCCUCCUGCUAGUCCGCGCAACCCAGGAGGACGCGGAGGAGUGGGGGCGGCAGGAGGAGCAGCGGCAGCAGCAGCAGCUGGAAGCGGCCAUCGGGUUCACGCGGGCAGUGGAGGCGGUGAUGCGUGUGAGCAAGGAGCGCGGGGUGCCGCUGCUGGCACACAACUGCCUCUUUGACCUGGCAUAUCUCUUCCACCACUUCAUCCGCCCCAUGCCCGACUCGCUCAAUGACUGGCGCCACCAGUUCCUAGAAGCCUUCCCCGGUGGCGUGUACGACACCAAGCACCUCGUCUCGCUCCUCCCGCCCGCGCUGCUCCCCUCCAGCACCUCCCUCUCCUCACUCUUCGAGUUCUUCUUCCACCGCCCUGCCUCACCCUCCUCCACUCCCGUGGGUGACAAUGACAAGGAGGGUGAGGAGGCUGCGGCGGGGGAAGGUGAUGGGAGUACACGUCCAUUUGCUUGCUUUCUCGAUGUUGCUGUGGCUGUCAAUCAAGAGAAGGAAGCAGAGGGCGAGGGGUUGAGGGAGCGAGGAGAGGGGGUGCGUGAAAUCGGUGGAGAGGACACGGCAGGAGCGGGUGGCGAGAGUGUGAAGGGAGGCGAGGGGGAGGGGGGGAGCAGAGGAGGGGAGCAGGAGGAGGCAGGGGGGGAGGAGGCGGUGGUGAGAGUGCAGUGGCCGGCAGUGGUGCAUGGGGAGGGGUUCAACCGCUACAGUCAUCUGUCGCCAGACAACCCUGCCAUGGCACAUGAAGCAGGCUUUGAUGCGUACAUGACAGCAGCAGUCUUCGUUGCCAUCUCCUCGCUCCUCGCCUCGCCUACCCUCUUCUCCAAG